CACAGGAAUUGUUUAACUAUGAAGACAUAAGGGCCCAGUUAAAGCCCGUGUGAAGUAAUAAAAUCCAGAAGGCAGAAUAAACCAGACAAAAUAUCAAAACGCCAGUGGCCGGCCAGUCACGGCGAUCUUCUGUCGUCGACUUCUGCUUAGCCGGAGAAAACUCCCGUCGACGGGUUUUAGAAGAAGAUGGAUAUAAUAUCACAGUUGCAAGAACAAGUGAACUCCAUAGCUGCAAUCACUUUCAAUGCUUUUGGGACACUCCAAAGAGAUGCACCUCCGGUUCAGCUUUCUCCUAACUACCCUGAACCACCAGCCCCAGCCGCUGCUGCUGUUGCUGCUGCUACAACUACGGCUACUGAUGGUGAUGCUACCGCAGCUUUUCCUGAGCAACCUAAGCAGCUCAGUGCCGAUUUAGUCAAGGCUGCUAAACAGUUUGAUGCUUUGGUUGCGGCGCUUCCCUUAUCUGAAGGAGGUGAAGAAGCUCAGCUCAAAAGAAUCGCAGAACUCCAGGUGGAGAACGAUGUUAUUGGCCAAGAACUCCAAAAGCAAUUAGAGGCUGCAGAGAAGGAGCUAAAGCAAGUCCAAGAGCUAUUUGGACAAGCAGCAGAUAAUUGCCUGAACAUGAAGAAACCCGAGUGAAAGGAUUAAUCUUGUGUUUCAAACUGAUUCAGAAAUUAUAUGGUUUGGUUCAGCGACAAGAAUGUUUUAGGUUCAGAAGUAAGAGAAGUUGUGAUUUGGUUCAUCAAAAAAAUUGUUGCAGAAGCAAUUAUAAGAAUGUUCCUUAGCUAACAACAACAAAACAAAUAACUAUAUUAUUACUCCGUUUUCUUUUCAA